AUGUUGUUCAACAUUAAAUCUCUCUUGGUUUUGGUUCUUUCAGUCGCAUUUUCAGUGGCUUUUGUUCUUCAAGAUCUUCCAUUGGAACGUUUCGAGAGAAGCAGUAGUUUCGAAUUGUCGCCGGCCAACUCGUUUGAACGACAAAAUCGAGCAAAUAUGUUGUUCCGUCCGUAUUUGGGUCAAUAUGCAAAGUGAGUUCUGCUAACUUUUAAAACUUAAAAUUUGGAAACUUCAUUGGUUUUUUUCAGAUAUCUUCAACACAUUCAACAGCAAUAA